CGCCAAGCCUCUUAAACCCUGGUUUGAAUUCCAAAACCCUCGCAAGUCGCAACAACCUUUACAUUUUGCUCUCACCAAAACGCGACUGACUAGUGACUACUGAGAGUGAAACCGAGAAGAUGGCUUGGCGCAGCGGGUCGCUUUCCAGGUCGUUGCUCUCCGCCACAAGAGCUCAUUCUUUUCGGUGCCGGCCGACGCUUCCCCACCUCCGCCCGCCACCACUUAUCCCUCGCCCCCAGCCUCGACGCUUUGCUUUCGCCAAUCCAAGGACAAUGGGGGAGUUGGGAUGCAUUCAAUCGCUCAUGCCCCUGCACAGCGUAGUGGCUGCACCUCGCCUCACAUCGCACCUCGCUGUUGAUGCGCGUGCGUGUUGUGAGUUGUCUCAGGGUACCUUCUGCCGUACUUGUCAAGAUCGCUAGUAGUUUCUUUGUACUUGACUCGACUGUUGAACCAAGCACUACGAGUGCACCAUGUGAGCCAGUGAGUACAGGUGAUCCAAGAAAUGGUAAAGCAUGUGAA